GAUGAUGAAUAUGAAGGCAUGCUAAGCUGUUCAGGAGUGUAGUUCUUGCAGCCUGCACUCCUUUCCUAGUCUCAAGGACUAACAGUCUCCUUCACUGCUUUCCUUACCAUCCAACAACAACAACAACAAAAGUUGUGAUGCUUUUCUUCACCCAGUGUUUUGGGGCUGUAUUAGAUCUUAUUCACCUAAGGUUUCAGCACUACAAGGCUAAGAGGGUUUUCUCAGCUGCUGGGCAACUUGUCUGUGUUGUAAACCCGACACACAGCCUAAAGCAUGCAUCAAACAGGUGUGCAAUUGCUCAGACCUCCACGGAGCAAAGCAGUCUUCAUCCCCACCAUCCCCAUGAGGCAGUGCAUGAUCCACAGCUGAUUCCCUGCACCUGCCCUCUGUUUUCUUGCCAGUGGGAAGGCCAUUUGGAAGUAGUGGUCUCACAUCUGAGACAGACUCAUAGCAUCAACAUCCUUCAUGGGGCAGAGAUUGUUUUCCUGGCUACGGACAUGCAUCUCCCUGCACCAACGGAUUGGAUAAUCAUUCAUUCUUGCCUGGGCCACCAAUUUUUGCUGGUGCUCAGGAAGCAGGAGAAAUAUGAAGGCCACCCUCAGUUCUUUGCCACCAUGAUGCUGAUUGGCACCCCAGCUCAAGCGGAUAACUUUACCUACAGGCUUGAGCUCAAUAGAAACCAGAGGCGUCUGAAAUGGGAAGCUACCCCGAGAUCAGUACUGGAGUGCAUUGACUCUGUCAUAUCAGACGGUGAUUGCCUUGUUCUUAACACCUCAUUGGCUCAGCUCUUUUCUGAUAAUGGAAGCCUGGCAAUAGGAAUUGCAAUAACUUCAAGCAAAGUUCACACUGCUGAGGUGGAAAUGUGAAGAAGCGGGGAAAAAAUAGCAAAAGAAUAAUGGUACCCUCCUGCAGCUUGUGAGAGCCAGAACUCAUGGACUUCUUUUGGGGGUCUCAGGUUUUUUGUGGUAUUUAGUAUUGUCCACAGUGGGCAUUCUGUAAACUUCCUGUGAUUCCAGUCUCCCUGUGAUGUAUUCGCUGUUUUUGUUAAUACAAUUUUAUGAGAGAUUUUAAA